CCCAGCCUCGGGUGGAGGCGGAGGCGGAGGCGCGGGAGUUAUGGAGGGGGCGGGAUCUGCAGGGAAGUGCGUCAGAGGAGGCGCGGGGAGAGUAGGGUGCUGUGGUCUGAGCUUGAGGGUGAAGCUGGCGGAGCAGGAGGAUGGGCGAGCAGUCUGAAUGCCAGAAUGGAUAACCGUUUUGCUACAGCAUUUGUAAUUGCUUGUGUGCUUAGCCUCAUUUCCACCAUCUACAUGGCAGCCUCAAUUGGCACAGACUUCUGGUAUGAAUAUCGAAGUCCAGUUCAAGAAAAUUCCAGUGAUUUGAACAAAAGCCUCUGGACCGACUUCGAUAGUGAUGAGGCAGAUGAAAAGACUUAUAAUGAUGCGCUUUUCCGAUUUAAUGGCACAGUAGGCUUGUGGAGACGGUGUAUCACUAUACCUCAAAACACAUACUGGUAUAGCCCACCAGAAAGGACAGAGUCAUUUGAUGUCACAAAAUGCACGAGUUUCACGCUAAAUGAGCAGUUCAUGGAGAAAUUUGUUGAUCCUGGAAACCACAAUAGUGGGAUUGAUCUGCUUCGGACCUGUGAGUACACUGAUUUCAGCAGGACAGUUGGGGAAAAAAGAAAAUAAUCUUGCCAUUUGUUGAUUUCUGUUUUGGGAACAAGGUGAAUCAGUAUGUCAUGUCGACUUGAAAUAAGAUCUCUACCGGAAUCCUGAUGAACUGUCUUCUGUUGAGAACAUAUUUUAAGGUUAGAUACAUACUUAACCAAUUGCAAAUAUGAAGUUCAGAGAAGCAGCUAAUAAUACAUUAGAUGACAGAAUCCAGACUUCCCCCAAAGAUGUUAUGAGUGGGCCCUUUUGAAGAGUAAAUUUAUAGGGGUAAAUAAUAAAUUCCUGUAUUUGAGUUAAACAUUUCAGCUACCUGAGGUCAGAUAGGGAUAUGUAAAAAAACAUUGACUGUAAACUCUAUGAGUCAGCUAAGGAUUAGGGCUACCAAAAAAAUUUAAUCUAGCCUUAAGUGGUAAUAAUUCUUAAACAUCAAAAACAAAUGAAAGUAUUUAUUAGAAGCUUUCUAUUCCUUGGUGGUCAGACUGCCUGGGUAAUACUGUCUUCAGAUUUGGACCUGGUUUUCUGGUUGUCGAGACUUUACUGGAGCUUGUCCAAAAGAAUGACCAUGUCAUGAGAGGAAGCCAUGAAAUGGCAAGUAUAGUUGACCUUGAACGAUGUAGGAGAUAAGAGCACCAACCCCUCCAUGUGGUUGAAAAUCCACAUACAACUUUUGACUGCCCAGUACAUUACUAACAGUCUACUGUUGAUCAGAAGCCUUACCAAUAACAUAAAACAGUGGCUGACAUAUUGUGUAUGUUAUAUGUAUUGUAUGGUGUAUUCUUACAUAAUGUAAGAGAAAAGAAUAUGUUAUUAAAAAAAUCAUAAGGAAGAGAAAAUACAUUUAUAGUAUAUUCUGUUAAAAGUCUGCAUAUAAGUCCACCU